AUAUCGUGAUUUUGAAGCGGCAGCAUCUUUUUUCUUCGCAUCCGCAUUGUAAUAAAAAUAGCGAGGAGGAUGUGUAGUUUCAAGCUGAUGGCCUUCGCGUGUUUUGUGGCGGCGGCAGCGGUGGGAGCAGAUCUCCCCGCGGGGGCGAAGAAUCCGGCAGCUCAAGAUGUUGGCAACUACACCGUUUUGUACGACGGGCCAGACGGAAGUCACCUACAGACGGGCGAACCAGGAAAAGCAGUGAAAGGAUUUUACACGCAAGUUUUCUUCGACUCUCGUGGAAGAAAGCAAAAAGUCACAUACGAAGCGGAUGCGAGAGGAUACCGCGUGACGUCCGCUGCCGUCGUGGCCACCGAAUCAGCUGCCCAAAUUCCGGUUACUACUCGUCGACCGAGAAUCAUUGAAAAGAUCGUGCCCAAACUUCAAGGAGGAGUUUUCUUCACGAAGAAAGUUAACGAAGCUCGAACGGAAUUGAGGGAACAAUCCACAAUUCGCACAACAUCAGCUGAGACCCCCCAAUCCACCAGCAAACCAAAUCCAGUUACCACCUCAAUUCCAACGUUGAAGGAAGCUGAAAAAGAGAUCAUACACUUAAAGACUGUUCCGAAAAGUCUAAUCAAAUUCAAAGAACCUAGAGCACUGCUCAACUAUGACUUUGCUUACAAUUUAGGCUACCCUUAUGUAGAUGGCAUCUACGUGUAUGCCCUUUGAAUCAUACUCUCUGGUUCGGAACAACUUAUUCCUGUUUUGAAUGUUUUUGGUCUCUUUCUGUUUUCUAACUACUGUUGACAAAAGAAAACGAUUACUCACCGGUGGGUGUCGUGAACUAGCUGUUAUCUUCUCUCUGAGUUGAAAUGUGUUGUUCCCGGUUGUUCCAAAUUUGUGUAAUACAAACACACUGAAAACUUGU